AUGUCAGUUGUAAUGUUUUUGCAUGCCUGAUUGACUACAAGAAGACUUUCGAUAGAGUCAGGUAUGAACAAAUGAUGGAAGUGCUGAAGAGGAUAGGGAUUGAUGGAAAAGACUUAAAAAUUAAAGCUAAUCUGUAUUGUAAUCAAUCAGCGGUACUUCCAAUAGAUGGAGAAUAUACAGAACAGGUAAAAAUCUUAAGAGGAGUGAGAGAGGUGUGCAUAAUUUCACCACAGAUAUUCAAUCUGUACUCGGAGCACAUUUUUGAAGAGGCCAUAAAAGAUAUUGAUGAAGACAUCUCAAUAAAUGGAGUCAAGCUUAAUAAUCUGCGAAGAAUGCAGAUAAUACAAUAGUGAUUUCCAAUACCAUAGAAGGGCUGCAAAACUUAAUUAACCAAAUUA